AUGCUUUUGUUAAUUUGUGCAGUUUCAAAUGAGGUGACAACGUUUGAAGAGGAGGAAGUGGAGGCUGAAGAGGACGAUGAGAUAGGGGAGAGACCGGACGAGAAAGGAGAAUGUCAAGAGAAGGAAGUGGAGGAAGUGGGAGGAAAGGAAGAUGACGAGGAGGAGGAUGAAGAGGAGGGAGAGGAGGCAGAGGAGGAGGGAGGUGAUGGUGGAGGGAGGGAGGGGUGUGGCCGUGCUGACGUGGAAGCAGGUGAUUCUGAUGGCACUCGCAUCCCCACACCUUCCAGUUUUGUUGAACCUGCUGAUUUCUUGCCUGACGGUACGAUCUCUGCUCUGGGGGAUUAUGAAAGAGGAGAAAAGGAGGAGGAGGAGGCGGAGGAGGAGGAGAAGGAGGAGGAGGAAGAUGAGGUGGUGGUGAAGGCUCAGGAGGAGGAUGAAGAAGGAGAGGAGGGAGGAGCAGAGGAAGCAGGAGCAAAUCAAUCUCCGUUUUCCUUUCUCCUGCCGCCCCCUGUUCAUAUUUGUAACGGCCCAAGCCACCAGCAAGGGACUGCAGCGCGCACAGAGAACACGAAGCAGGAAACCCUGGAGGGUUUAGUAUUCCAGCUUGGCCUGAUGGGGGUUCUAGGCCUCGUGAAGCGCCUCGUUAAACCCAAGGAACAGUUGCUGGCUAGUUGGGGCUUGAACCAGGCAGACGUUGACGCCUGGGUUGAGGAAUUGGUGCAGAGAAGGAAGGACAGAGGGGAAGGUAGUGGUGGGUUAGAGGAUCAAGGAGGAAUGGUUUUGGGAGGGAGUGGUGGGGGGGUUGUGGGGGAUGGUGGAGGAGUGGGGGGUGGAGAUGCGAAUGCAGCAGUGGGGAUUAGUGCCGAGAAACACAAGUUUGGAAACACGUGUGUUGGGGCUGGGGAUCAGAGUGGGCUGCAGUGA